AUGUCUGGCACCGCGGCGGACAUCUCGCUGGUGCACUGGAGACAGCAAUGGCUCGAGAAUGGCACCUUGUAUUUCCACGUCUCCAUGAGCAGUGCCGGGCAGCUGGCCCGGGCCACGGCGCCCACACUCCAGGAGCCUUCAGAGAUUGUAGAGGAGCAGAUGCACAUUCUCCACAUUUCUGUGAUGGGCGGCCUCAUCGCACUGCUGCUCCUGCUGCUGGUGUUCACUGUGGCGCUGUAUGCCCAGCGGCGCUGGCAGAAACGUCGCCGCAUCCCCCAGAAGAGCGCCAGCACGGAAGCCACUCACGAGAUUCACUACAUCCCAUCAGUGCUGCUGGGACCCCAGGCCCGGGAAAGCUUCCGCUCCUCUCGGCUACAGGCUCACAAUUCUGUCAUUGGAGUGCCCAUCCGGGAGACCCCCAUCCUAGAUGACUAUGACUAUGAGGAGGAGGAGGACCUACCCCGCCGGGCCAACCACGUCUCCCGCGAGGAUGAGUUUGGCAGCCAGGUGACGCACACCCUGGACAGUCUAGGCCAGCCGGGAGAAGAGAAGGGGGACUUUGAGAAGAAAGCAGCAGCUGAGGCGACGCAGGAGACAGUGGAGUCCCUGAUGCAGAAGUUCAAGGAGAGUUUCCGCGCUAACACGCCCAUCGAGAUCGGUCAGCUGCAGCCAGCCCCACGCAGGGCCUCAGCAGGGAGGCGGAAGCGGAGGAGCAAGUCUCGAGGGGGAAUCAGCUUUGGGAGAACCAAGGGGACUUCAGGUUCAGAGGCAGAUGACGAAACACAGCUGACGUUCUACACGGAGCAGUACCGGAGUCGCCGCCGCAGCAAAGGUUUGCUGAAAAGCCCAGUGAAUAAGACGGCCUUGACAUUGAUUGCUGUGAGCUCCUGCAUCCUGGCCAUGGUGUGUGGCAGUCAGAUGUCCUGUCCACUCACCGUGAAAGUGACUCUGCAUGUGCCUGAGCACUUCAUUGCAGACGGGAGCAGCUUUGUGGUGAGUGAAGGGAGCUACCUGGAUGUCUCAGACUGGUUAAACCCGGCCAAGCUGUCCCUGUAUUACCAGAUCAACGCCACCUCCCCAUGGGUGAGAGACCUCUGCGGACAGAGGACGACAGAUGCCUGUGAGCAGCUCUGCGACCCAGACACUGGAGAGUGCAGCUGUCAUGAAGGCUAUGCCCCUGACCCGGUUCACAGACACCUGUGUGUGCGCAGUGACUGGGGACAGAGUGAAGGACCUUGGCCUUACACUACACUUGAGAGGGGCUAUGACCUAGUAACAGGAGAACAAGCUCCUGAAAAGAUUCUCAGGUCUACUUUCAGCUUGGGCCAAGGACUCUGGCUUCCUGUCAGCAAAAGCUUUGUGGUUCCGCCUGUGGAGCUGUCCAUCAACCCUCUGGCCAGUUGCAAGACCGAUGUGCUCGUCACAGAAGACCCUGCAGAUGUCAGGGAGGAAGCGAUGCUGUCCACAUACUUCGAAACCAUCAACGACCUGCUGUCCUCCUUUGGGCCAGUUCGUGACUGCUCUCGGAACAAUGGGGGCUGUACUCGAAACUUCAAGUGCGUGUCUGACCGCCAGGUGGACUCCUCAGGAUGUGUGUGUCCCACACAAAUAGCUCCCAUGAAGGACGGCUCCGGAUGCUACGACCACUCCAAAGGCAUCGACUGCUCGGACGGCUUCAACGGUGGCUGUGAGCAGCUGUGCCUGCAGCAGACGCUGCCUUUGCCCUAUGAUGCCACCUCCAGCACCAUCUUCAUGUUCUGCGGUUGUGUGGAGGAAUACAAGCUGGCUCCUGAUGGAAAAUCCUGCCUAAUGCUCUCAGAUGUCUGCGAGGGCCCCAAAUGCCUCAAACCCGACUCCAAAUUCAACGACACCCUCUUUGGAGAGAUGCUACAUGGUUACAACAACCGGACCCAGCAUGUGAACCAAGGCCAAGUCUUCCAGAUGACCUUUAGGGAGAACAACUUCAUCAAGGACUUCCCUCAGCUGGCCGAUGGGCUGUUGGUGAUCCCACUGCCAGUGGAGGAGCAGUGCCGGGGGGUCCUCUCCGAGCCCCUCCCAGACCUCCAGCUGCUCACUGGAGACAUCAGGUAUGACGAAGCCAUGGGUUACCCUAUGGUGCAGCAGUGGCGGGUCCGAAGCAACCUGUACCGCGUGAAGCUCAGCACCAUCACCCUCUCAGCAGGCUUCACCAACGUCCUCAAGAUCCUGACCAGGGAGAGCAGCCGGGAGGAGCUGCUCUCCUUCAUCCAGCACUACGGCUCCCACUACAUCGCAGAGGCCCUCUAUGGCUCCGAGCUCACCUGUAUCAUUCACUUCCCCAGCAAGAAGGUCCAGCAGCAGCUGUGGCUCCAGUAUCAGAAAGAGACCACAGAGCUGGGCAGCAAGAAGGAACUCAAGUCCAUGCCCUUCAUCACUUACCUCUCAGGUCUGCUGACAGCGCAAAUGCUGUCAGAUGACCAGCUCAUCUCAGGUGUGGAGAUCCGCUGUGAGGAGAAAGGCCGCUGUCCCUCUACCUGCCACCUUUGCCGCCGGCCGGGCAAGGAGCAGCUGAGCCCCACGCCAGUGCUGCUGGAAAUCAACCGUGUGGUACCACUGUAUACCCUCAUCCAAGACAAUGGUACCAAGGAGGCCUUCAAGAGCGCACUGAUGAGCUCCUACUGGUGCUCUGGAAAAGGGGAUGUGAUCGAUGACUGGUGCAGAUGUGACCUCAGCGCCUUUGAUGCCAGUGGGCUCCCCAACUGCAGCCCCCUCCCACAGCCAGUGCUUCGUCUGUCCCCAACAGUAGAGCCCUCCAGCACAGUGGUCUCCUUGGAAUGGGUGGAUGUUCAACCAGCUAUUGGGACCAAGGUCUCUGACUAUAUUCUGCAGCACAAGAAGGUGGAUGAAUACACAGAUACAGACCUCUAUACAGGAGAAUUCCUGAGUUUUGCCGAUGACUUACUCUCUGGCCUGGGCACAUCUUGUGUAGCAGCUGGUCGAAGCCAUGGAGAGGUCCCUGAAGUCAGUAUCUACUCCGUCAUCUUCAAGUGUCUGGAGCCCGACGGUCUCUACAAGUUCACUUUGUAUGCCGUGGAUACACGGGGGAGGCACUCGGAACUCAGCACAGUGACCUUGAGAACGGCCUGUCCACUGGUGGAUGACAACAAAGCAGAAGAGAUAGCAGACAAGAUCUACAAUCUGUACAAUGGGUACACAAGUGGAAAGGAGCAGCAGACUGCCUACAACACGCUGAUGGAGGUCUCAGCCUCGAUGUUGUUCCGAGUACAGCACCACUACAAUUCUCACUAUGAGAAGUUUGGUGACUUUGUCUGGAGGAGUGAGGACGAGCUGGGGCCCAGGAAGGCCCACCUGAUCCUGCGGCGACUGGAGAGGGUGAGCGGUCACUGCUCCAGCCUCCUGCGAAGCGCCUACAUCCAGAGCCGUGUGGACACCGUGCCCUACCUUUUCUGCCGCAGCGAGGAGGUCCGGCCUGCGGGUAUGGUGUGGUACAGCAUCCUCAAGGACACCAAAAUCACAUGCGAGGAGAAGAUGGUGUCCAUGGCCCGAAACACGUAUGGGGAGUCUAAGGGCCGGUGA